AUGCGUUGCGUGGUCCGUAUCAUUCUUCUAACCUGCUUUAUCUUCGUCCUUUUCAUCUAUUUAGCCGUCACACAUGCCAACUCGAAGAUUGUAGUCGCGUAUGAUGCAAACGGUGAGUCAUCCGGAGCCAUCCGUUUCCAAUUCGAAUGUUCGCAGACGAAGAAGCCCGCCGCAUCCUGGACUUUGCGAUUCCCUCCCCGACGGUCGCGAGUCCGUUCACGAGCAAUGGCCAGCAGUCGAUGUCCGUUUCGGUAGCACUCGUUCUGAUUGUCUCCCUGAUCAGCGUGGCCCUCCUCAUCACAGGUAUCCUUUCCUCUUUCACUUUCCAUUCUUACUCCGGUCAAUCAGGUAUCAUUAUCAUUGCCGUCACUCUGGAUCCCACUUCUAGCAGCGAAGAAGAGGAAGAAUCGGAUCUGGAGAUAGACGAAACAUCCUCGACCCGGUCGAAACGAUCCGAUCAGCAGCUGGCCGAUCCGAACAGUUACUAUCCGCGCUUCGACUAUGACUUCAACACGUCCGCCACGAUCCUUUCCGAACUGUGA